AGUUGGUAGCAGUAGCCGCCCCUGCUAGUGCCUUGUACCUCAAGUUGUAGAACCAGAUAGUCUUUAGUUUUGACAUGUUUUUAGGUUGUAGACAAAUCGUAUAAACGAAUUAGAUAAUCGUUCAGUUGACGGAGUGGUAUCGUUUAUUUUAAGGCUAAACAAGAUAGACGAAUCUAGGUUAGCAAGUUGUCUAGCUAAGUAACGUUAGCUAGUUUUCACUCGCAGGGCAGGAUACAAACGACUGUGAUAACUGCAGAAGAUAAAUAAUUCACCAGAUAACUGUAGUGAAAUGUUAUCGUUGAAGUAGUUUAAUAUAUGGUCGAAUGAUACGUGUAGAUGGGGACUUUAUUACUUUGUGCAGUGUUAUUUUACCCUUGUUGGGUAAACUGUGUAACAAGCCCUACCUUGCUUCAGGAGGAGCGUUUAAACGAAGAUGACAAGGAAUUUGGUGUGCUUCACUCCCUCCUGGCUGACUUUGAGGUUCUCCCAGUCGCCAGCUUACAGAGGCACUCGCUGAAGAGGAGGGACACGGCCCCACACUCGCAUGUGGAGCGACUGGUCAGCUUCUCUGCACUGAAGCGGAAUUUUCAGCUUUACUUGACAACAAACACAGACCUCUUUUCCGAGAAUUUCAAAGCGAUCUUUGUCAACGACCAAGGGAAUGAAGAGCAGUAUGAAGUUCAGAUGGAGAAUUACUUCAAAGGUCAUGUCGUAGGAGAGGAGCACUCCCGCGUGCAGGCACAUAUGGAUGGGGACGAGUUCUCUGCUCACAUCCUCACAGAAGAAGCCGAGUACAACGUGGAGCCUCUGUGGCGGUUUCUGGAGACGAGUUCUGAUGGCCGGCUGCUCGUGUACAGGUCCGAGGACAUCAAAAACAUCAGCCGGCUGGCCUCGUCCAAAGUGUGCGGCUACGUCAACUCCGAGGCCCAGGACUUCCUUCCAGAGCAAGCCAACGCGACCGGGAGAGAGGAGGGGCACGGAGAACCCCUUCAUAGGGAGAAGAGGGCCUCGGGCCACGACCACAAGAAGAACACCUGUCCCCUGCUGCUGGUGGCGGACUACCGCUUCUUCAGACAAAUGGGGCGUGGAGAGGAGAGCACCACGCUCAACUACCUGAUUGAGCUGAUUGACAGAGUGGACGACAUCUACAGGAACACUUCUUGGAGCGAUGAGUUCAAAGGUUACGGGGUUCAGAUUCAGCAGAUCAUCAUUCACACAGAGCCCACGCAGGUCUCCGGUGGUGGUGCUCACUACAACAUGGACGGCAGCCCCAACACACGAUCGUCCAAAGGCCGUCAAGAGGCCAAGGUGUGGGACGUCAAGAAGCUCCUGGAGCAAUUCAGCUCCGACAUCGCAGACAAUGCCUCCACCGUGUGCCUGGCUCACUUGUUCACCUACCAGGACUUUGAUGAGGGAACGCUGGGACUGGCCUACGUGGCCCCAUCCAAACCGCACGCCCUUGGGGGUCUCUGCCCAAAACCAUAUUAUCCAUCCACCUCUGCCAAGAAGCCCAGUUACCUCAACACUGGUUUAACCAGCACAAAAAACUAUGGGAAAACCAUUCUUACCAAGGAAGCGGACCUGGUGACCACCCACGAGCUCGGCCACAACUUUGGCGCGGAGCACGACCCAGACAACAUUGCCCACUGUGCCCCUAGUGAUGACCACGGAGGGAAGUUCGUCAUGUACCCCAUCGCUGUGAGUGGGGACCACUACAACAACAAGCGCUUCUCUAACUGCAGCAAGACGUCCGUCAGCAAGACGUUGAGCUUCAAGGCUCCGUUGUGCUUCAAGGAGAGGAACAGCAAGCUGUGUGGGAACUCCCGUGUGGAGGAGGGCGAGGAGUGUGACCCGGGCCUCCUGCAUCGCUACGAGGACCCCUGCUGCACCUCCAACUGCAAGUUCCGACCUACUGCCCAGUGCAGUGACCGCAAUAGCCCAUGCUGCAAAGGCUGUGAGUUUGAGCGGCCAGAGAAGACGUGCCAGGAGCCCAUCACUGCUACCUGCAAAGGACUUUCGCAAUGCACAGGUACGAGCAGCGAGUGUCCGGCCCCGGGCAACCUGGAGGAUGAGACAGUGUGUGUGGACAUGGGCCGAUGCCGCGGAGGGGAAUGCGUUCCGUUCUGUGAGGCCCUGCACAACCUGGUGUCCUGCGCCUGCAACGAGACGGAUGACUCGUGCAAAGUGUGCUGCAGGAAUGCAGAUGGCCUCUGCACACCGUUCAUAGACAUAGACAGCGGCAGCCCCCUGUUCCUGCGGAAUGGCAAGCCCUGCACUGUAGGCUUCUGCGUCGAUGGGGGGAAGUGCAUGAAGCAGGUGCAGGAUGUCAUUGAGAGGCUUUGGGACUUCAUCGACAAGCUUGACAUCAACACUUUUGGAAAGUUCCUGGCGGACAACAUCGUGGGCUCCGUGGUGGUGUUCUCCCUGGUCUUCUGGAUUCCCCUCAGCAUCCUGGUGCACUGCGUGGACAAGAACCUGGACAGGCAGUAUGAGAACAGCAAGUCCAUCAUGUACCCCAGUAGCGUCGAGAUGCUGAACAACAUGGAGUCGGCGCCCGUGCGCAUCAUCAAGCCCCCGGCGGCACCAUUGUUCUCAGCGGCCCGGGCCUCGGGAUCGGGCCCCGGCUCCAGCAGCAGCACCAGCGGGCCCUCGGGCCCCCACCCUCCGCUUCCUCAGGCGGAGCAGGUGGCGGCGGCGGAGGCGGAGGCGGAGGCAACGGGCGCCCCCGGCCCUGCCCCGGCCUCCGCCGGACCCAGAGCGGAUCAGCCGCGCAUGGCCACCAUCCAGGAGGACACCAGCAGCAGCGACUCGCUGCCGCCGCCGGACGACGAGCUUCCGGAGGGAGCCGUCUACCCCCUGCCAAGCGGCCCUCCGUCCACCGCACGCUCCUUCCAGGACCUGAGCGAGCAGCAGGGGGCGGCCUCCUCGCCCGGCCGGAGGCGCCUCAAGAGGCAGACCUGCGUCGACAAUAAGGAGACCGAGUGCUGAAGCUGGAGGGGGGUUUGCUCAAGCACACAUCCAAACCUAUAUAUUUGUAUGAAAUAUUCCUGUAUAUACUGCACACAGAAAAGGUAAUACACACUGUAUGUCUGCACAGCCACAGUCCUAUGGGAAAAGAAGAAAUGGAGAGAGAUCAGGCAGUUGUGGGCAAAGUGCAUUGGCAACUGCCCAUGUGUCUUUGACGAUGCCUGUUAUAGUAGUCAUAGUCAAGAGAUGACUAAGUAAAAUACAAGCAGUAGGUGCUGAAAGUAGUUUAUGGAUGCCAGUGGCUGCUUGCUUAGACACUUUCUGUGGUGUAUGUUUGAGAACUGGAGGACUGAAAGUGCCGUAAUGUCGACAUCUUUGUGUUGAAGUUUGAAAAGUCUGUUUAAGAGAAUGUGUAAGAACUUGUCCUAACUGCAUGCGAGCAUUAUCCAACUUGUCACGUACCGUUAAAUGUUCUCUGUCCACACAGAAUCCGUUUAAGAAGCCCUUCUCCGUCAUGUUUCUCGGUCAAUAUAGCAGAUUAAUGUGAGCGACAGAAAGAAAAUAGAAACAGGGCGCCCGACAAACCUUCUGCUCAAAACAUCUUGCCGCAUCACACUGCACAGCACUGGAUCACUCGCAUCCAGUUAGGACAUUCGAAUGGAAAACAAACAAAUCGCAAACAAUCUCACUGACUUUGGCUGCGUUUCCCAGAUUCGUUCAGUGCUAUGAACUUCUUAGGAGCAUUCUUAGGACGUUCUUAGAGCGCUCCUAAGAAGUUCUUAGCACUUAAGAGCUCUUAACAAAUCUGGGAAACCCGGCCAUUGUCGUUUGCAGUUAGGACGCCGUGUGAGUGAUCGUAUGCCCUUUACCUUCUAUCAGGAGACGUGUGGUCUCUAGAUCUGCCUGUUUAUGUUCCUAAAAGCCAUUCAAUCAUGCAGAAAGGAUUUUUCUACACAAACGCAAAGCACUAGAUAUGAAAGAUCUUACUGUACAUGUCCGGUAUUCUGACAAAGAUUACACAUUUUGCCAAUCAGUCCGGAAGAACUCUCCCCUUUGUUCUUUCUAAGAGAAUCAUGCCACUUUAUGGUUACAUUACUGCAGUUUAAUACAUGAAACUGCAGCAAGGCUAGGAAAACACUGCAUUGUAAGAAGGCUUGCUUGCUUAAAACACAUCAAUAACAACACAUCAUAGUAAACAAAACAAGAGCUUUCCUACUUAAGUUGGAAGUGGCAGCAAUUUUGCACUCUAAACUAGGGACCCUACGAUCCUCUUUGAGGUCUGUACUAUGACACUUGGAAUUGUGACUCUUGCGUGCAUAUUGAAAUGCUGUUAAGUA